GAGUGGAGCGGGGCUGGGAGGGACUUGCAGAGGGAGCUCAGCUCGCUGUCGCCUCGCACCUGCCGUCCCGUGCCCGCCGCCACCUGUGCCCAGAAAACCAUGGCGUCCGGCAGCACCAGUGAGGAGGAGCGCAGCCUCCGGGAAUGCGAGCUCUAUGUCCAGAAGCACAACAUUCAGGCCCUGCUCAAGGACUCGAUUGUGCAGCUGUGCACUGCACGGCCGGAGAGGCCCAUGGCAUUCCUCAGGGAAUACUUUGAGAGGUUGGAGAAGGAGGAGGCAAAACAGAUUCAGAGUCUGCAGAAAGCGAGCAUUCGGGCCGACUCACGGGAGGACGAGAUCUCUCCUCCUCCUCCUAACCCCGUGGUGAAGGGCCGGCGACGGCGAGGCGCCAUCAGCGCUGAGGUCUACACGGAGGAAGAUGCCGCGUCCUACGUCAGAAAGGUUAUACCAAAAGAUUACAAAACAAUGGCUGCUCUGGCCAAAGCCAUUGAAAAAAAUGUGCUAUUUUCUCAUCUUGAUGAUAAUGAGAGAAGCGAUAUUUUUGAUGCCAUGUUUCCAGUGUCUUUUAUUGCUGGAGAGACCGUUAUUCAGCAAGGUGAUGAGGGAGAUAACUUCUAUGUGAUUGAUCAAGGAGAGAUGGAUGUCUACGUCAAUAAUGAAUGGGCAACUAGUGUUGGGGAAGGAGGGAGCUUUGGAGAGCUGGCGCUGAUUUACGGGACUCCGAGAGCAGCCACUGUCAAAGCAAAGACAAACGUGAAGUUGUGGGGUAUUGACCGGGACAGCUACCGAAGAAUCCUUAUGGGAAGCACACUGAGAAAGCGGAAGAUGUACGAGGAGUUCCUUAGUAAAGUGUCUAUUUUAGAAUCUCUGGAUAAGUGGGAACGUCUGACCGUGGCUGAUGCGUUGGAGCCAGUCCAGUUUGAAGAUGGGCAGAAAAUUGUGGUGCAGGGAGAACCAGGGGAUGAGUUCUUCAUUAUUUUAGAGGGUUCAGCUGCUGUGCUACAGCGUCGGUCAGAAAACGAAGAGUUUGUUGAAGUGGGAAGAUUGGGCCCCUCUGACUACUUUGGUGAGAUCGCAUUGCUGAUGAAUCGUCCUCGUGCCGCCACGGUGGUCGCGCGUGGCCCCUUGAAGUGCGUUAAGCUGGACCGACCGAGGUUCGAGCGCGUCCUGGGCCCGUGCUCCGAUAUCCUCAAGCGGAACAUCCAGCAGUACAACAGUUUUGUGUCUCUGUCUGUCUGAGACCUGCCUCCUGUGCCUCCCUCUCUCCUCCCCGGCCCGUGCUUCACUUGCAGAUGGCUUUCUUUUCCCUGGUUGCGGCGCCAAGUGGCCACUGGUAGCACAGCUUCGUGUCUGUUUAUAUUCACACUUGCUUUUCUUGCACCAUUUUUCAUCUGGAGCAUUAAGUGAAUGCUCGCACACAGUUAAAUAAAUAGAGAGUUCUGUGGA